AUUCUGGGAUAAAAAGUUGAUUGUAAACGUCGUUUACGUUUUGCGACAUCGUCAAAGUUUUUCUGAAAAGAGUUUUGCGCGGCUAACAGAGAUGUAUCUGGGAACUUCUAGUCUCCGCACGUCUUUUAAUCAAGAAAGAGAUUUAAAAACGACACUAAAGUACAACCUGUCGACCGACAUAAUGACUGAAAACGAUAUAGUGAACUUAUGCGAAAGCUGGGAUGAUAAAUGGAAGACUAGGCGAACGUAUUCGUUUGAGAACGACUUCGGGUUUAUUGCUGUUAGCGAAGAUAGUGGUCGUUUCAAUUCUGACAAGUACGAAACAGGCGAAUCGUCGCAGUCGACAAAUUCACUAGAUGACAAUGACGGCUCCAACUAUGAAUCCUUGGGAACGAUGUGCGAUAGGAAAAAUUACGAGCUCCUCAAGGUCGAUUACACCUCCUCAAUCGACGACAGCAAUCAAGGGUUGCCAAGUGUUAGCAAUCUGAAGAAUAUCUUUGAGGAAAAGGCGAAAGAACGGAAAAAGAAGGUUUAUUGCGAAAAAGACGUAAUUUCUUCUCAUUUUAGAGACGAACAAGGUGGAAAACGAUGUAUUUCUGUUUUGUACGUUAAUCUGAACUCUGAACAAUCGUCCUACAAGGGGGUCAAGAAUUUGGAGAACAUAUAUGAAACUCGUAAUGGGAUAAAAUCGGAGAAAGAUGGAACGACUGAUAACGAACUGCGCAUUAAAUCCGUACAAGAGCGAAUCGACGAUCUCUAUCAUUCUGCGAAACUUUUUAGCAGGAGAUCGCUAGAGGAUACGGAAGGUGAAUCUUGGCCUUCCGUGGCAAAUUUAACGGCUACGUGGCCACGUCGCGUGAUACGGAAAUGA